GAUAAAAUCAUGCGUAUUCUCAAAUCACUUGGCCCAAGCGCGUUGGACCUUGAACUACGUCUUCUAGGCCCCUCGGCCGAGGAGGAACGCAUAGCACACUCUGCUCUUGAUGAUCAGGAAUCGACCAACUUGCGGGACACGCGGGAUCGGCUACAUGGGUUUUUGAGACUUCUCAUCAAUCGGUUCCAGCGAAAACUUGAUGUGGAUCUGGCUUGCGUAUGUCUCGAGACCAUUCUUCAGCGUUACGGUGACUUGCUGUUCACUCGCCCCGGCUUGGUUGAUUUACAGGGUCCGGUAGAGUCCAUUGAGGGACACGUCCAAUCUCUGCUCGCAGAUGAUGUUCAUCUCGGCGAAGACAAUGAAACACUGAGGUUGGUCUCUAAAGCUGUUCAAGCGAAAUCGGCCAGCCAGUCGUUGCUCACGCGGCGUGUGACUCGAAGUAUUUGUUUGGUAGAUUUCAUUCGGAACCCGACAACUGUACUGAAUCAUUAA